CGUAGAUUUCUUGAUUCAUAAUAAAACGAACAUAUGCCAAUAAUAAUGCUGCAUUAUCAGGUAAAGUUGACUCAUCCAGUUGUAUAGAGAAAUGAUAUUGUUGCUUAAGGGAAUUCUUUUAAUGAUAUCAGAUGCAGGUUUGUGUAAAACAAUUUUUAAAACCUCUUCAACGGCUGGCAAAAUUAACUUCUCUCCGAUACUAUGCGGUUUUCCGGAUUUUGCUGUAAGUAACGAGAUAUUGUAAGACGCCCGCAAACCAUCAUCAUUUCUUUGUGACGUCGGUCGAAGCGAACAUUCUGUCCAGUGUAG